GGAAAUAUCAUGAAUAGAACAAUUCUACUUUCCCUUUUGAUGAUUGUGAUAAUUGUACUGAGCCUCACUGCCGAAUGCAGGGCGAGAGGAUGCAACUAUAGCUUCGGUAACAAAAGAGUAGCCGCUCGAAAGUGCAAGAAACACAAGAGAACAAAAGCCAGAUUUAACGAUGACCUUUCAAGCCUACAAGUCGGAAGGUGAGCUGGAUUAUAAUCGUUUAUGGCACGAGGACUGGGCCAGGUCCAAGUCACACAGCGGUCGAACGUCUGCUCAUGCGCGAACGUUCUGGCUUCGUGCUUUCGGGCUGUUAGGACAAAUUUGUUACAGAUUUUGCUGACGAUGGUCAGCAAGGACUGUGACAAAACACACAAACAACCACACAAGCCAGUAAGUCACGGUGUUUAAAAGGCUCAUCACUUUUUUGGUAAAGCUAAAAACGAAGUUGUAAAUCAACAGGAUACGCGUACUAAAUAAGGUUCGUGUUCUGAAAAAUCUCUAAUUUUCCUUUUCGCUUCAUUCAUCCCCUUUUACACCCCGACUUUUAUUUCUAAAUUAGCAGUUUUGCCUCGGCACCUAGACGAGACAGGCAUUAACUUAAGGAAAUACAGUUUCUUCUCGCCAACAAGUUUCCGGCAGAAGGGAGUUUCUUGUCUUAAAAAGCAGAUGUUUUCUUUCUCAAAAUUUCUUGUAUUUCAUUUUUCAGGAAUUUAGAUAACAAAGGACGGCUCUACGACUUAUGGCAACUCUAUGAAACAGAGGCGAAAAAAGAGGAAUAAUUCAUUUCGAAAAAAACGUUUAUAGGCUUGUGUCUAUUACAACGUGCUCAUUAUUUUCGAUUUUUAAAACUCACACGAGGUCUCUAAACCACUUACCAUAUAAAUGGUGUUACAACACAUUUUCUGUUUAGCAUAUUGUAAACAAUCUGCUUCACAUUAAAUUGUCAUUCAUACCAAGUGGUAAAAUUCUGCUGCGUUCCUCUUGUUUGCUUAGGGUUUAGCGACCACAUACGCAAGGGUAGACCCAGGAAAUUUCGGUGACGAAGUGGGGGGGAUAUACAAACUUUGUCUCUGAAAACACAGGG